UGUAACAGUACCUUCUUUCACUUCAGUCUUACGCCGUCGAGUCGACUAUGAUGAUUUUAAGUGAUCGAUUUUGAUGUCCAUAGUUAAGGCAUCGCUCGUUAAUAAGGCGUGGAGAAAUGUUACAAUGUUUAGUGCAUGAGUGCUUUGAAUAAGGAAGUUACCAAGGAGUUUUAAGAUGCAACAGUUCCAUGUGAGACUUGUAGUUCUGAGUAUAAUCAUAGUUACUUCAAUUUCUGCAGGUUCACCGAUAUACGACAACGUGGACUUUGAAACGGACGAUGCACCGAUAUACGACUAUGUGGACUUCGAAACGGACGGUGAAUAUGGAGACUAUUUCGAGGGUGACACGGCCAUGCCGGACUCGCAACCACAAGCAAUAGAUGGCAGUUUCGCUCGCAAUGGUUUAAUCGAUGAAACUCGACGCUGGCCAAACCAUACCGUCGUGUACCACAUCAAUGAGGAAGACUUUGAUGAAGAACAACUGUCUAAAAUUAACGCUGCUAUGGCGGACAUAGCGAAUCAUUCGUGUGUUAUAUUCCGACCCAGGGAAACAGAUGACGAACAUGCAGUCAUUAUAAAAGGUUCAGAUAUAUGUUCUGCAAAGGUGGGAUAUGCACCUUAUCACGCAGAUCUUCAAGUUAUCGAAUUAGCUGACACUUGCUUCAAACACGGUACCAUCAUACACGAACUGCUGCAUACGCUUGGAUUCCGUCACAUGCAUAGUACUUAUGAUAGAGACGAUUAUAUCGAUGUUCUAUGGGACAAUGUACAACCUGGAUACGAAGAGAAUUUCAUAAAAGACGACAGUGACUAUGUGACUAACUUUGGAGUACCGUAUGAUUACAACAGUGUAUUGCACUACACAGAAUCAGCAUUUACUGCUAACGGCAACAACACUAUUAUCCCACUAAAGGAAAAUGUGACUAAUAUUGGUCAACGGGAUGGACUUUCUCAUGGCGACAUAUUGAAAGUAAACAGAAUGUAUUGUGUAAAUAAUGGAACUGGCGAUGAGGAUGAUCCGUUCGCUGAGUACGACGAGGAAGUGUCGAUUGACAAAUAAAAUAAAUCAAGAUAUAAUCAUAAAUUCUAAAUAAGAAAAUGUUACGUUGUAGUUGUGAAGUGUGAAAUAAAACAUGUGAUUACAUAAAUAAGUGUAUCGAUCUAUUUGUUGAUGUAGGAUAGCGCCAGUGUGGAGUACCUACACUACCUGGUAAUCCACAUAGCAUUUAAUUGGUUUCUUUACGGAAUUGGACGGCUAAUAAAUCUGAUGGUUAGUAAUUGGUGCCGGCCAUGGUGCCGGCCAUGGACAACAGAGGAGCUACCUUGCUGGGAGUGUUUGAGUGUAAGGAGUGGCUUGUGAUGGAAGAGAAGAUUGGGCCUCCACCUCCCUCAGACGGCGAAACAUAAGGCGUGUGUAUAACCGAAAGAGAUGAACCGGAUAACUUUUAUUUAUUUAUUUAGUAAGGUACAUCUACAUAAAACAUAUGUUUUAAAAUUUUAUGACCGAGAUAGAAACCUUGUAUGUAUAUAUCUCUAAUAGAUGUAGGUACACAACAUUUACUGUAUAAACACAAAAAAUAGGUUAAACUAGGGUAUUAAUUUGUUAAGAAAAUUACAACAGAAACAACAUAGACGGAAAUUGAAAUAAGAUAUAAACUUACUAGAUAUCUAACCAGCUAGGUACCAAUGGCUUGCAUCAUAGUUAAUUACUUAGAUAUGAUUUCAAAUAGGUAUAAUUUUUAGCAUUAUGUAUUAUAUAAUCAAGUAGUAGGUAGAGGAGUAGAUGAUAAACGAUAAUAAAUAAUUAAGCUGAUUAAUAAGAGACGUAAUGAAGUGAACUGCUCGGUUGUAACCGUAGUUGAGCCAUAUGGAGCAAGAUCGAUUACCGCAUUGAUGGGCGGGCAUCACCUAUAUGAUUUUACUAUCGCAAUAGAGCUAUGUUUAUUACCGUAUGAAACAAUCUACCUAAUAUGUUUUAUAUAUCACCUAAUUAUUAGGUGUGACCUACUUUUUUAUAACUUACAGGAAAAUGUGACUAUUGGUCAAAAGAUAGGACUUUCUCAUGGCGACAUAUUAAAUCUAAACAAAACGUAUUGUAAAGAAACCGACGAUGAGGAAGUUAGGUUCAUUGAUUGAGAAUAUUGACGAGAAAGUGUCUGUGAUUUACAAAUAAAGUUAGUUAUAAACCUAAAUAAUAAAAUGUUACGUCGCAGUCAAUUGUAA